AAGGAGGCGGAUGAUGACCAGGAACACGAUACGUCAGCUUACGCCAUUUUGUUGUGUGAGCAGAGCAGCAGCGAAGCAUCGCACAGCACAAGAAAAGGUGAGCCAAGAUGGGGAUUUUCGGAAGCAUGUUUAAAGGGUUAAUGGGCAAGAAAGAGAUGAGAAUCCUGAUGGUAGGGCUGGAUGCUGCUGGAAAGACCACAAUCCUGUACAAACUCAAACUGGGAGAAAUUGUUACCACAAUUCCCACCAUCGGUUUUAAUGUUGAGACAGUAGAGUUCAGGAACAUCAGUUUUACAGUGUGGGACGUCGGUGGUCAGGACAAGAUCAGGCCACUCUGGAGGCAUUACUUUCAAAACACACAAGGCCUUAUCUUCGUUGUGGACAGUAAUGACAGGGAGCGAAUCGGUGAGGCGAAGGAGGAGCUGAUGCGAAUGCUGGCCGAAGACGAGCUGAGAGAUGCGCUGCUGCUUGUCUUUGCCAACAAACAGGACCUGCCCAAUGCCUUGAAUGCAGCUGAGAUCACAGACAAACUGGGCCUGCACAACCUGAAACCGCGGAACUGGUAUAUUCAGGCCACAUGUGCCACGGGUGGAGAUGGUCUCUACGAGGGUCUGGACUGGCUUUCAAGCCAGCUAAAGACAAUGAAAUGAUCCAUCACUACUCCUCGUCCUGUCUGCCACCUCUGUCUGCAGUGUAAUGGGAGACUACACUGGUCCUGGUCUGUCUCACCCCUCUUUUCGCCUCUGUUCCCCUGAAGAGUCCGACCUUGGGCCAGUGCUCCCAUGCAUACUGUAUGUGUACUGUAGUAGUGUGUUUGGAUGAAUGAAAGAAUGUGUGUAUGUAUGCGUGAGCAGAGUGGGAGCAGCCCUGCGGUGCCUUGAACAGCGUUAACGCCGACACCUCCUCCCUUCAGGGUCAGCACAUCCAAAGGUACUGGUUUUUAAGGACAAAGGAUCUCUCAAGAAUGUUUGUUUAAAAAAACAUGCGCUUGUGGCAUCAAGACCAUAAUAUAGGGCUGCGCGUUAUUAGGAAAAAAAGCGAUAUGUGGCAACGUCUAAUAUUGCGAUUAAUAAACAUAAACAGCUCCACAGCCCGGCCACAGCGUCACUUAAACAUAAUUACUGUUUAUUCACCCUAUGGGUUUAUUAAAAUAUGUACUUGACAUCCAAUAUCUGUUAUUUGCAUGUUUCCAGUUUAACUGUGGCCGCAAAUACUGGACGCUUGUUGAUUCUCUCCUAUAAUUCAGAUCUUUAGAGUUUCUGUCUGCAUUGUUAGGUCACAAUAAUAGUCAGGAUGUUGUGCUACUCAUCUGUUCCAGAUGUUUUCGCAUUUGUUGAACCAUUUUAAAUCCAGUUCAGUUCCACUUCCCUGACCCUGAUAUUUCAUCUCAGGCCUUCCACACAGGUUUAAAAGGAUGCAUCCUGGCUGUGCCCACAAAAGACAAAUGUUUUGAAUGUGUGUAUAUUGAGUGUAGUUACAGCAUCAUUGGUGGAUUUGUGUUUCCCGUGUAAGUUUCAACUACAUUCACGCCAUUGGAACAACGAGGCCUUUCUUAGAGUUGCUCCCACUCUGGUUUAUUAUUUACUGGUGGUCUUAUAUUGUCUUUUAUCUAGUUAUUUUGGUUAGGGGUUGUUUUCUAUUCUAUUUUAAUGUUUUUUUAUGUUGGUGUUACGCAUGACCUGGUUUACUCUAGCGUGAGCUGACGUGCCAGGUGUGCCGUCUUUUUUGAAUAAAAUGUUCUCGGGACCAAUUGGUUGGAUUCAGGAUUGGCUCAUUGUUUUUCGGUGUUGGGAUUUGCCUCCAGAGCGUAAAGUGUCAGGGCAGGUGCACACUCUUAACCAAAUUGUCAGUUCCGUGAUAAGACAUUACAGUUGAAUGGGAAGCAUCUAGUCCAACCUGCUUAGAAAUCAGCACCGUAAAAGCCUCUUCGAUGCUUCAGGCAGAAGAGUCCCUGCAUGUACCCAGGGCGCUUCCCCAUGUUGUUAUUUAAAUGAUGUCCCUCUGAUGCCCUUUGCACAACCUCAUCGGCUUGCACAACACAGGGCUGUGUGAAGACCGCAGAAUAUUCAUCAGCGUUUGUUAAACAGAGGUAACACCUUGUCGUGUCAUAUUAAAGAAGGAACACUAAGAAUAAUGCAAAUGGUUUCCCUAGUUUUUCAGUAAUGCUGCUCACAAUCUCCUCCUCUCCUUAGAGGUUUAUAGUUCUGGGCUAUAUGUAUGUAGAAUCAUGUCAAGAUAAAAAAUAAUCAUAUCAAUCGAUAUCAGUAAUUAUCAAGAUGAAUGACAGAUUUUGGCUCCUGAGGGAAGAUUGUGGUUUUUAAACUUUUCUUUAUCAACAGAGAAUGACUUUAUGAAUCUGAGGUAGCGCAAAGUUUUAUACCAUAUUAGAAUUAUAUUGGAGUAUUUUGGAAUGUUGUUAUAUUGCUAUUUAAAAUAAUAUUGUAAUUAUUAUUUAUAUUGAUUUAUCGCCCAGCACUAGGAGGUAAUAACCAUACUUAUCACCAGCAGACAUUUCAAAUGUACCAGUGAGAAUGUUACAAGUGUUCAACCAGCCAUGAAACGGUUUCCUUCACAUUGAUCCUAAAUGUUCCUGCAUUUUAUUAAGAAAUCAACCAUGCACACCCAUAACAGAGUAAAGAUGACGAUACUGUCAUAUAAUCACACUGACCUCUCAAGGGAAAUUCAUUUUCCAGUUUUUGUUUUUCUACAUCGGGAGGUUUUCUUGGAAGUUUUGUGUAACUGGACAACUAAUCCUUUUUGACAUUUUCACUCCUCUAUACAUUCUGGUGUUUCCUAAACAUCUGUAGGUGUGUUGGAUAAUCUGGUACAAAGCAAAAAGUACAAAUGUAUAUGCUUUUUUUUUUAACUCAUCCACCUACUCAUGUUUCCAACUGCUUUAAUUUUUCAAAUGUUUCUGAACAACUGACAGCAUAUGUGCAUAUGUAUCUCUAAAGUAACGUAAAUGCUUUUUUUCCCAUCUUGUCAGCAGCUGAUAAAUGCACUAUAAUAAAUAAUUAUCUAUUGUA